CUCGGGUAAAUCACUAAAUUAAUUACCGCGACUAGAUACAGUUUGGUUUGGUUUGCGGUGUGAAAAGCGAGCUCGUUUUCGGAUUUAUGUGGGAAAAAGUGUUUAUAUAAAAAGGACUAAAAUGGUUUAUACGAUUUCGGAUAAAGUGGAAAAAGUAAAACAGGAUGUUCAGAAUCCAAAGGAAAUGGAUUCGAAGUUCCAUCGCGUCGGACAGGACGAGAAGGGCGCCGAUGCCGAUCAGUUCGGUCCCGGCGAAAAAACCCGGAUCUGGAAGAACGUGAUCGUGAUCGGGUUCGCUUUCAUGAUCCAUUUCACCGCUUUCUGGGGCGCGUCGAAUCUGCAGAGCUCCGUGAACGCGGAGGCCGCCUUAGGCACGUUCACGUUGGCAGCCAUUUACGGGUCACUGAUACUCUCCAACAUAUUUCUGCCUGUCAUGGUCAUAAGAUGGCUGGGAGUCAAAUGGACCAUGGCUCUCUCGUUUGUUACCUACAUGCCUUUCAUGAUAGCACAAUUUUACCCAAAAUUCUACACCAUGAUACCGGCAGGAUUGGCAGUGGGGUUCGGAGGAGGACCCUUGUGGUGCGCCAAGUGCACCUAUCUCACGGUUAUUGCCGAAGCCUAUUCCCAAGUGACAGGAAUCGGUGCUGAUAUAGCAGUAACAAAGUUUUUUGGAGUAUUUUUCAUGUUCUAUCAGUUUUCGCAAGUUUGGGGAAACCUCAUUAGUUCCGCAGUUCUUUCAUCGGGCGUGGAGGAAUCUACAAUUUCUGCAGUAAACCAGACCAUUUUAAAUGCCACAAGUAUCUUUACUACUACACCUGCUUCACCAAAAGUGUUACCCGAUCCUGGUGAUAUUUGUGGGGCCAACUUUUGCCCCGUGACUCUUAUUCCAGUGAACAAUGAUACCGAAAUUCCAAGUUUAGCAGCACCCAGCACUACCAAAUUAAAUUUGAUCACCGCCAUUUAUUUGGGAUGUAUGAUUGUUGCUGUUCUUAUCAUAGUUUUUGGAGUGGACUCCAUGAAAAGAUACGGUAAAGGCAGAAAGGGCAGUGGAAGCGGUCUUACCGGAUUUAAGCUGCUGGCUGUAACCAUGAAACAACUGGCCAAUCCCUAUCAAUUAUUAAUUUUACCAAUUACCAUGUUUAUUGGAGCCGAACAAGCUUUUAUAGCAGCCGAUUACAAUUCCGCUUUCGUCUCCUGCGGAUGGGGUAUCAGCAACAUAGGCUUCGUGAUGAUUUGUUUCGGAGUUUGUAACGGAUUGGCUGCCAUUUUUACAGGAAGCAUCGUAAAAAUAACCGGAAGAAGUCCGGUGAUAUGUUUCGCCUUGUCCCUUCAUGUUGCUCUCAUUGUCACCCUUCUUGUUUGGCGACCAAAUCCCGACGAAAAGCUGAUAUUUUUCAUCAUUUCCGGACUUUGGGGUAUAUGCGAUGCUGUGUGGCUCGUACAAAUAAAUUCUUUAAGUGGAAUCCUAUUUCCUGGUAAGGAGGAAGCAGCUUACAGCAACUUCCGUCUGUGGGAGAGUACUGGUUCGGUUAUUACCUAUGCAUACAGUCCGUAUAUUUGUACUCAUAUUAAAUUGUAUUUAUUAUUGGGUCUUCUUAUCAUUGGGAUUUGCGGUUAUACUGCCAUUGAAUAUUUGGAACACAAAAAGAAUGAAGAUGAUGGUGAAAUUUAUAAUAAAGGACAAUUUACCUUGGUCAAAGGCAGCAAAUCAGGAGAAGUUGCUGAAUGACUGUGAUGUUAGAAAGGAUCAAGAAUAUUAAUAUUGAACAAUCUCAAGGACUUAAAGGACAAUAACAAAUAAACCAAUUGUAAAAUACCUAAUAACUGUAAAAAUAUUAUUUUGAUUCUAUGAAUCUUUUUAAGUUAUGCAAUAGAGCUCUAUAUUUUAAUAUAUUUUUUGUACAAAGU